AUGGAGGGUAACAUUGCGAUCUUCACCGAUAGCCUGGGUGCCAUAACGGAUCUUCAUAGCUUUAAGGUUACGAAACCUGAGCAAAGAGUUUUACUUAGCAUUCAAUUAGAAGCAGUUCACUCCCCGUUCAAAUCCAAUAAUCCAAAUUACUUCAAAUAUUUGUUAAAAUUUCAUUAUUAUCAUUCUAUUCUUUUAAUUCUUUUUCCUCAAGGCAUUGGUUUAAAACAAAUUGAAGACUACAAAAAACAAUUUGUAUCAGAGUCCCAUGAAAUGAACAAACCCAUAGCUCGAUAUGCGAACGAUGAAGAUCUCGAAGAAUACUUGAGGAGUCAAUGUCGUCAGGGUGACCCAAUGGCAACAUAUUUUCGCAAAAAAGCAAACGAUUCACAAUCUGGUCCAAGGAAGCCAAUUUACCACGGAUCAUUCCCAGAAAACCGUUUUAACAUUCGACCUGGUUAUCGUUGGGAUGGUGUCGAUCGAUCAAAUGGAUAUGAGAAGAAAUGGUUUGAAGUUUUGAAUCAAAAGAAAGCAAUCGAUCAAGAUGCAUAUAAAUUUAGUGUUGAAGAUAUGUAGACGUUUGAAAAUAAUUAUAAAAAUCUUGAUCAAUAAUAAUAAAAAUUCUCAAAAGGAAUAAGAUUAAGAAAUUGAUAUAAAAUAAAUUUGAAAUAUUUGUAGGCAUAUAUUUGUGAAUAAACAAUGAACAAAAAUAAAUCUUUUCGCGAUUUCUGUACGUACAAUACUGUCUGUACGUACAAUAUUAAUGUUAAAAUAAAAAGAAUUCUAUUGUA